AUGUUUAGUGAAAAAAUUACGAAGGAGGAAAUCAAAUGCUUCAUUGGUCUCAUGAUUUACUCAGGGUACGCACCUGUACCGUUGAUGCACCUAUACUGGGAUUUCAAGCAAGAUUUACACAAUGAUUUGGUGUCCAACGCCAUGAGGCGAAAUAGAAUGUACACGAUCAAGAACUACAUUCAUUUCGCUGACAUUGGGGAGCUCGAACCGCAUGACAAAAUUUGGAAACUGCGGCCACUGAUGGACAAAAUGAAAGAAAGGUGUAUCGCAAAUUUCGUGGCCACAACAGAGCUUCUGAAUUAUGACGACAGUAUGGUGAAUUUCUUUGGAAGACGCAACAUAAAGCAGUUCAUACCAGGUAAACCCAUUCGUUUCGGGUACAAGAUGUGCUGUCUGAAUUCUAGUGAGGGUUACUUGCUCAACUUCAACUUGUACCAAGGUGUUGAUCCAAGAAUUCCAGAUCAAUUCAACCAACUUUUUGGAAAGUGCGCAGCCCCAUUGGUCGUAAUGCAGAAUGAGUUUCCCCAUUCUAUUCAGACUCUGCCCUUUGAUUUCUUUUUCGACAACCAAUUCAUUGGAACGAACUUGUUCACAUACUUGAAAUUUCGAGGAUAUUCCGCUACAGGAACGUUUCGAGAAAAUCGCCUUCCGAAAACUUAG